AUGUUUGCGCUUAUGGUUGAGAAUGUAGAGAGGUUGGAUGAUAGGACGGACUCUGGAAUUUACGGGUAUCUGCCGAAUAUCAGAUGGAGACCUCAUCUACCGGGUCAGGGAUAUUGCCAGUGCCCAGCCUGUCAGCCCCGUCGUCCUGACGCUUUGGACAACAUGAGGGACAUGUGGAACUCCCAAAGUCAGUCUAGACUGACCAUUUCUCGUAUCGCGAUUGGCUUCUUCGUGUUUAUGUGCACUCGGCAUCGUCCGUACUGGAUCUGGGCAUCUGAGCCACUGUUACAGGAACCUGCAGGGGCAAAGGCUAAAUGGUUACAGACACCUUCUUCCGCGUUUUGGACUGCCAGAACGGAAUUGAAGAUACCAGAAAGACAUUGCUAUUCUACAAAACGGGUAUAG